AUGGAGAAUGAGGGAUGGCUACCCAAAGACAGAGUUGUUAAUCAGCCCUUGCCUUCGAAGGAGAAGAUGUCAGAAGCUUCGCAAAGAAGUGCCCUGGCCGUUUCAGAUCCUAAGGAAACCAUUCAAACAGAAUCCUAUGAGGGACCCAUCAGGGUCGCUUUGGAGGAGGUGGAAGCGAAGAAGCAGCCAAAAAUGGCUGAAGGGAAGAAGAAAAGAAAAAGCAAAGGCAAGCGGGCAGAAGGAGAUGAAGAGGCCCGACCAAAGAAGGAGAAGAAAGAAAAGAAGUCGAGUGAGAAGAGGGAGCGCAGACGAGAAGAGAAGCGCCUGAAGAAGGAAGUAAAGAGAAAAAGGGCUAAAAGCCUGGAUGUCGAUGGAGAAUCCACCACUGCAAGGGUGGAAGAGGGCCUGUCAACGCAAGAAAAAGAAUCAGCCCAAUCUCAAGAGGCAUCAAUGCAUAUCAGGACAGUUGCAACUGAAGAUCGAGAGGAUUCAGACAUCACCCCUCUAAUGCGGCAUCGCAAGGAGAAUGCCACAGGGGUCAACAAGUGA